AUGACAUUAGAAUCACGUUUAUCUACACAAGCUAAUAUUGGAGAUAUGGAUAAAAAUUCAGAACUUCGAAGUAUGAUUAUUAGAAAUAUAAUUUUAACACGAUUACAAGCUAUUGUUGUUGGUUUUCUUGCUGCUCUUGUAUCACUUACUAUGAAAUGGGUAUCUCGAGGACAUUUUAACUUACGAUAUACACUUGUUUUAUUUAUUAAUAUUUCACAUUUUGUUGUAGAAUCAUGUUAUUUGUUAUUGUCAUUUCACAUAAACAUAAAAUCAAUUGCUACUUCACUCGAUGAUUCAACAACACUUGGUAUUUUAGCUAGUAUCGGUGAAUUUUUAUUUAAAAUUAUAGAUAAUUAUACAUGGUUAUCUGUAAUGAUUACUAUUAUUUUUUUAAUUAUAACACCGAUUUGGAUUAUUAUUUCUUUUGGAAAUGAAUAUGUUAAAGAUGUACUUACACAUGAAUGGUUUUUAAAUGAUUUGUAG